GGGAAUAAAAUCAGCAGUGUUGAUAUUACAAAAUGACAAAACAUCCUCCGAAUAGAAGAGGGAUCAACUUUGAGGUGGGAGCCCAGUUGGAAGCCCGUGACAGAUUAAAAAACUGGUAUCCAGCUCACAUUGAAGAAAUUGAUUAUGAAGAAGGAAAAGUACUUAUCCAUUUCAAACGCUGGAACCAUAGAUAUGAUGAAUGGUUUUGUUGGGACAGUCCUUAUCUGCGUCCCUUAGAGAAAAUACAGUUAAGAAAAGAAGGAUUACAUGAGGAAGAAGGUUGUGCAGGAUUUCAUAUAAAUGAUCAGGUGUUGGCAUGCUGGUCUGAUUGUCGCUUCUAUCCAGCCAAAGUUACUUCUGUUAACAAAGAUGGUACGUACACUGUGAAAUUCUAUGAUGGUGUAGUUCAGACUGUCAAAAACAUUCAUGUCAAAGCUUUUUCCAAAGAUCAGAAUAUUGUGGGUAAUGCUAAGCCUAAGGAAAGAGGUAAUGAAAUUCCGUCAUCUCCUGAAAAGCGGGAGAAAUUUAAAGAACAGAGGAAAGCAACAGGUAAUGCAAAGAAAGACAAGGAUGAAAAGACAUUAAAGACUGAGAAAAGAGUUAAGCAAUCUGAUAAAGAAGGAAAGUUGGUAGUCAUCUCAGAAAAAGGCAAGGUCUCGGAAAAGAAUUUAUCUAAGAAUGGAAAAGAAGAUAAAGAGAAUAUAUCGGAGAAUGAUAUGGAAUAUUCAGUAGAUAAACAAAUUGAGAAGAAGCCUGAGAAUGACAACGUAAAGAGUCCACAGGAAAACACGAAAGAAACUAAACGAAAACGGAGAGCCCCGCCGAUAACACCUCCAACGGAGCCAAGUCCUCAGACGCUGCAACCCAUAACUUUGGAGUUAAGACGUCGGAAAAUACCUAAAGGAGGUGAAAUUCCAUCAAAGCGUCCCAGGAUUGAAAAAAACUUGUCUCAGGAAAAAUCGAAGAACUCUUCAGAUAACCCUGAAAGAGAUCAAAUCAGGAGACGAUCUUCAAGACUCUCAUCUAGCAUUAGCCAUGAGAUUUUAAAUACAGAUCAUGUCACAACUUCAACGGAAAUUCAGCCUUUGAAAGAUGCAGUAUCUAACCAAAAGGAAUCUGAGAAGGUCCAGUUAGAAAUUCCUGUUGAAUCUGACCAAAGUUUAACUGAACAAGGAUCUCCUGGAAACACAUCACAUAGCACAGCACUCAGUACAGAUGCCAGUUUACAGGAAGAAAAAGUUGAAGACACUGAGUCUUCCUCUGUUACUGUCAGGACUCAAGAACCUUCUGCUGCUACAGUAACAAAACCUUGUAGGAGAACAGAUUUUCUUGCAUCAAAAAAAGCUGCAACUGUUGAUCAAGAUCACAAAUUUAGAUGCAAGUUCUUGGACUGUUCAAAAUCCUUCCGCAAAGCCAAGUUACAGCAUUAUCACAUGAAAUACUUUCAUGGAGUGGAGAAGGCUGCAGAAUCACAGCAGAACCCUGUAAAAAGAAAUAUUCAAACCAGAGCUUCUUUGGCUUCUGAGAAAGCUAAUCAAGAAAGGUCAAAAAGAGGAUGGACCACAGCUGGUUCAUUGU